AUGAGUCAGAGUUCGCAAAAGCCCAGCGGAGGAUACGGACCAGUAGCUACAGCUCACUGCAGUAGAGGAGACAAGCAGAGGCGAUAUUCCUCCAGUAUGGAUCUGACCGAAGAGGAUGACUAUGAUUACCACAACAACCUCACCCUGAACUACAGCUACGAGGACUACCACACCGUGUGUGAGAAGGCUGACGUGCGCUCCUUCGCUGGCCUCUUCCUCCCUGUGGUGUACGCAGCCUGUGUGGUGGUAGGGCUAGCCGGGAACUCCCUGGUGCUAGUUGUGUACGCCUACCACAAACGUCUGAGAAGAACCAUGACGGAAGCCUUCCUAGCACACUUGGCCGUAGCCGACCUCCUCCUCCUCCUCACCCUGCCCAUCUGGGCUGCAGACGCGGCGCUGGGCUGGGAGCUGGGCCUGCCUCUCUGCAAGCUGGUCUCUGCCUGCUACGCCAUCAACUUCACCUGCUGCAUGCUGCUGCUAGCCUGUGUUAGCAUGGACCGCUACCUAGCAUCUGUUAGAGCGGAGGGCAGGAACCAGGGAAAGCUGGGCAGGGUCUUCACCCGGGCGCACUGUGGGAAGGUCUGCCUAGGGGUGUGGGCUGUGGCUUUCCUCCUGGGUCUUCCCGAUCUUCUGUUCUCCACAGUAAGGGAGACCCCCGGGAGGAGGGUCUGCAUGGCCGUCUACCCGCCCAGUCUGGCCCGGGAGGUCAAGGCCUGCCUGGAGGUGGUUGAGGUCUUACUGGGGUUCCUGGUUCCUCUUCUGGUUAUGAUGUGGUGCUACGUCGGCGUGGGGCGUGUGCUGAGGCGGCUGCCCGAGGAGAGCAGAGGCAGGAGGCGGAGAGCUAUCCAGGUGUUGCUGGUCGUGGUGGGGUUGUUCGUGGUCACCCAGUUGCCCUAUAACGCGGUGAAGAUGUGUCGGGCGAUGGACUCGGUCUACACAUUGGUGACCCACUGUGGUGUGAGUAAGGCCCUGGACCGGGCGGCGCAGGUCACUGAGAGCCUGGCUCUGACCCACUGCUGUCUCAACCCACUACUCUAUGUCUUCCUAGGGUCCUCCUUCAGACAAUAUGCGCUGAAAGCAGCCAAGGCAUUUGGAGAAAGGACGAAGAGGAGAAGGGGGGAGCAGAGAGAGGACGAAGGAACGGAGAUGUCCUUCAACUCUCACAACACUGCCUCUCAGGAAACCAGCACCUUCUCCAUAUGAGAGAGAAGAGAGAGAGAGAGGGAGAGAGUGGGAGAGAGAGAGAGAAAGAGAGAGAGAGGAUCUCUUUGGCUAACACCUUUGUAUCACAUGAGAUUCUAGCACUUCUAUAGCAUGAGGACCUCCUCAACCCACCAAAUACCCGCCUCCCCUCAAGAAAGCCAGUCUGGAAAGAUCCACCCAAUGAGGACUUCAACAGAAAUCUGACCUGGACACAAUGGGAGUUACUGGACCUGACAAAUAAUCACCUCAUCCCCACCCCCACGCAACAGCCCCCUGGUUUCAACCUCCCCAGGAAGGAGGGAUUCACCCUCAAAAGGUUCAGGACUGGCCACGGCCCAUGCCUCGCCAACCUUCACCAAUGGGGAAUGAAAGAAAGCCCACUCUACGCCUGUGGGGUGGCGCAAACCCUGCACCACAUUCUUGAAGUCUGUCCAAUCUACAAACUCAGCGGAGGCCUGCUCACCCUUAACACAGCGGGACUGGAAGCAAUCACUUGGCUAAAAGAUCUGAUUCAUAAUCUUGCUUCAGUGUAUUAAGAAGCUAUCAGUGCUGUAUAACCAGAUGCUUUAGUAUCAUUAAUACUAUAUAUCUGCUGCUAUGGAAUUAUUGAACCCAACCAGGGGAAGGGUAAGGGCUAGUCUGGUCCCAGAUCUGUUUGUAAAGGUGCUGUCGUGCCAGCUCCUAUGGUCAUUGUCAAGGGGAAGUGACAAAACAGCACAAACAGAUGGGAUUAGGCUAAGGAGAAGCAUUCCAGUUACCAGAAAGGAUCUAGCAUAAAAAAACUAUUUAUGCUCUACCCUGCAUCUUGAAACCACAUUUUUGUUUCGACACCACCCCUUGUCCUCAGACAUGUGGUUGACAAUGACCUCAGGAAUAGCGAAGUGUUUACAUUCCUGUCUUUUCUAUCAAAACAACGACAAGUUCCAGACGUUAAUUAAAGCGAAGUUAUAGGGGAUAAUGGCCUUCUGUUGCACAGAACGCACGCACACCCUCUUGAUUGGCCUAGCAUGUUGGGGAGCUCACACUUGUCAGUGGGGCCAGGGUACAUUGUAAUCGUAUGAGAUAAGAAAAUGGCUAUUUGAAGUUGUAUGUUUAUUUUUUGGGGAGAAACAUCAAAUGUAAGCAAGUUACUCGUGCCAAUAGCAGUCCUAUGGGAUGGGUGGUGCCGCUAAUUUCAAUCUCAUUAACUCAUUACUCAAAAUGUCAGCCACGACUUACCAAAACAGGUCAAUCUUCUCCACUCUCUAAAAAAACAGCUGCGUAUGUGGGGUGGGUCAGCCUGACCUUAGAGCCAUACAAAACAUAUUAUAUGUAUUUUUGACCACCUCCAGGACGUGAUACCUACAAAUGAUCUAGUUACUUUAGACAGAAACAAAACUAGGGAGGUUGGUCAGAGAGGAUGGGUGGGUGUAAUCUGCGACCGUCUAGCAAUCCAAAAGGUUGCAUGUUUUUGAGUCGCGUCAGUGACAACUGUAGCAUCUUAGCUAACCCUUCCCCUAACCCUUAUUCUAAACGUAACCCAUUUCACCUAACCUGCUACAGAAAUAUUACAUUUACAUAGGUAUUCACACCCCUGAGUCAAUACCUUUUUAGAAGUGAUUACAUCUGUGAGUCUUUCUGGGUAAGUCUAUAAGAGCUCUGCACACCUGGAUUGUGGAACAUUUACUCAUUAUUCUUUUCAAAAUUCUUCAAGCUCUGUCAAAUUUGUGUUGAUCAUUGACAGACAACUAUUUUCAGGUCUUGCCAUAUAUUUUCAAAGUAGAUUUAAAUCAAAACUGUAACUCAGCCACUCAGGAACAUUCAUGGUCUUCUUCGUAAGCAACUCCAGUGUAGAUUUGGCCUUGUGUUUUAGUUAUUGUCCUGCUGAAAGGUGAAUUAAUCUCCUAGUGUCUGGUGGAAAGUAGACUGAACCAGGUUUUCCUCUGAUUUUGCCUGUGCUUAGCUCCAUUCCGUUUAUUUUUCUUCCUGAACCCCCCCCCCCAGUCCUUAAUGUUCACAAGCAUACUCAUAACAUGAGGCAGCCACCACUAUGUUUGAAAAUAUGGAGAGUGAUACUUAGUAAUGUGUUAUUCAGAUCCCUUAGAUAUUUUAUUUAGCAUUUUAGGACCCCUUUAGGUAUCCCACAAAAAUAUUUUUCAAUUUGGCCUUUACUACUAUGGCCUAUAGAAACGCAUUGAAUAACACAUUCAUAAAUGGCAAAAACAAGACAAUUAAAAAAAUGUAUCUAAGGAAUAAGGUUUUGAAGUGUCUGUCCUAAAUCGCAGGAAAUAUAGGCACUUUUUUGAGCAGUGUAUAUUCUUUUUUGGGGCACAAAACUACCUCCAUACUUCCAUUCAUUUGUAUGGGUUACCUUUAGACGAGUCCCAUGGGGGAAGUAGAGCAAAACGUGUUUGCGAGAGUCUGUCUCCCAUUUCUAUUGAGUGGUGAUAAAAGUUUUUAAGGCCAAACCGUUCAGACACUAAAGACGUUUUAGUGAGAAGACCAAUUUUCGGGAUGUCUCUUGGUCUGACAAACAGCACUGUAAACUCUAACUUUCUACUGCAGAUGCAGAACCUCGACAUAGGCGGAUGAAAUGAACUGAGACGCAGCCCACACAAAAAACAUAUCUCUAGCUUAAACUGACAGAUUUUGAUGGGGAUUGUAUUGUUACUUAGAUUGACGCACCGGUGCCAGAACAGAAGUACUCUAUUGGGGUGUUAUUUUCUAAAGUACUAUUCUAGGGAUCAGAGGAAUCUCUAAAGAUGUCAGCCCUGGGAACAAUGUCAAUCCCUCAGUCUCAAAACUAAAGACACUAAAUACCAGCAUCAUCCAAAGACCCAGAGACAUUGUUCGUAAUAUUCAGUUUGCAACAUGUUUCAUUUACUUUAAGAGUGUGGUAGGAAAAAUCGAAAUAUUAUUUCACCUGCUAAAGACUAGUUGGCCUUUCAAAAAACCUGAGACAUCUGCUCUGUUUAUUACACACAUUUUUACAUGAUCAGUCAAUGCUCUUAGCCAAAACCCUCUGUUGUGGACAAAAUGUUGAGUAACAUCCCCACUCUUUCCACCCUUAAGAAAUCUGUUUCAGUACAUUUAUUAUUCAGCUCCUUGUCUGCUACCACCUCAGAAAUGCACCCCCUUGCGAGUGAGCAGCACGAUUGAGACCGGCUUUUAAAAACGUGUUCGUUGUUAAAGGUUCCGAACAGUUAUUUUGAUUCACAUGUAAAAUAGCCUUUUGAGUGACUAAAAUAUCACCUAUACUUGGCAUAGAAAUGCUCAAAAUUUGAGAAAAAGUACUCUAUCAGAAAUGUUGAAGAGACAGGCUUAGUGGGCAGGAGAUCUUACUUAAUGAAAUUCCUAUGGCAAGAAACUUGGAUGCAGUGUUGCAGUAAAAUCAUCUCAAGCUAAUUUGGUGAUACACAAAGCAACCCAAACAUUGAAAUUGCAUCAAUAAUGUCAAAUCUUUUACAUCUGCCAUUCGGCAUGUCUCUUGUGAUGAGGUUCACAGCAGCACUGACAGAUGUGUUGACAUGACAACUGUGUCAGCUUUGAAAGACUCCUCCCCCUCUUUAAUUCCAUGCUGGCUGAAGACCUAGCCAGUAACUAGUCUAAACUUUUAAUUGUAUUUGCCGACACCCUAAUCAAAUGUUUAUACUUCGAUCUGGUUUCAUCCAAAUAUCCAAUUUUGUGAAAAACAUGAUUUUGACUGUUUAUGACCCUUAACCUGCUCUUAGUUUUUUUUAUUCAAAGUGUUGAUGUUUUGGUUGCAAUCUGGUGCCAUUUGAGCUUGUUGUUGAAAUGCCUUGUUUUACACUUUUUUUUCUGUACAACGUCAACAAAUAAAAUGUCAUACUAGUCUACGGA